GAUUGGGCUGCAUCUAUAUAGCUCUGCAUCUAUAUAGCUUUCAAAAGGUCGUGUUAUGUGGAGUUAAAAUAUCAACUUUGUCACUACUGGAUUCAGCCUACUCCAGUUCAUCAUUCUCCCAGCUGCCAACUUCCAGGUUCUUACAUCGCCAUGUCCGAUAUCCAGGCUACACCUUUUGCUACAUCCAGCGAGGAUGCAAUCGCACGAACAAUCGACAUCGAGUCUGACCAUUCUGCUGUGCGGUUCAAUUCAGAUACUCCUCUUUUGGAUCACAUAUCCGAGUUCGAGGACUUUUACGAGAUCGAAAGAACCGCUAGAGAUAUCGUCGAUGGGGGUUUCAAACGAGUCGCCCUCCAAUUUCCCGAUUUACUUCUUCCAGAUUCGGUACCCAUAUACCGCCUUUUAAAGCGCAGAGUCGGCGAAGCCCACGAGCUCUAUGUCCUGGCAGAUACUUCUUAUGGCAGCUGCUGUGUGGACGAAGUGGCAGCUCAGCACGUUGAUGCAGAUUUUAUGGUACAUUAUGGACAUGCGUGUAUGAGCCAGACGUAUCGUCUACCUGUCCUAUAUAUUUUUGGCAGACGGCCCAUUGACGUGGAUGAUUGUGCAACUCAGCUAGCUGACACUCUGAAAUCGUCAUGUUCAGGCUCUGAUCCAUUAGAGUCUAAUAAAAAACCGGUUAUUCUGCGUCAUGAUGUCGCAUAUACGUACCAAGCUGAUACAAUCGUGGCCAAAGUACGCGAACAACUGGAAGCACUUGGUGUUUCUGUGCCCGUGCUCUAUCAAACCUUACCGUCCAGGUUUAGUCCUCCCGCUCAAAAGGAUGCGGAUGUCACGACUUCAACGCAGUUACCCAUUAAGGGAGACUUGCCUGUGACGCUAGAAAAUGGUGUUAUUCUUUAUAUUGGUGGCGAGAGCUUAGGGCUCACAAAUCUUUUAAUGACACAUGCGUCGUGCGAUAUAUACUCAUACGACCCCAGUUCAAAAACCGUGAGGCAAGAGUCUACUCGCACGAAUAGGCUCCUCAUGCGCCGAUACGCGAUAGUGCAGAAGGCAAGGGAUGCAGACGUCUUUGGGAUUCUGAUCGGUACACUUGGUGUUGCAUCUUAUCUUCCUCUCAUCUCACAUAUACGCACGCUCCUGGCGCGCGCACGCAAGAAAAGCUACACGAUUAGCGUAGGCAAGCUCAACCCUGCAAAACUGGCCAACUUCAUGGAGAUCGAAUGCUUCGUGCUCGUCGCAUGCCCAGAAAACAGCGUGAUCGAGGCGAAGGAAUUUUACCGCCCGAUCAUUACGCCCUAUGAAUUGGAAGUAGCUCUGCAAGCUGAAGGCACGUGGACGGGACGCUACGUAUUGAAUUUCGAGACACUGUUGUCUGAGCAUGCGAACGAGGACCAGAGUUUCGCAACUGCCAACGAGGAGGAAGACCCCGAUCGACCCAUGUUUUCACUGGUCACAGGAAAGUAUAGGCAUGCAAAGCGAUACGGAGGGCACGAGGAAACGACUGAGGGAACCAAUGAGGCCAAUCCCACGGCUGUUAUUCUGCGGAAUCAAGACGGAACUGUGUCGAGGCUCGACGAUAGCGCUGCAGGCCAGUUUUUGCAGUCACGCAGCUAUCGUGGACUAGAGACUAGAACGGGGCAGGAUGCACCUAGUAUCUUGGAACAGGGGCGUAGUGGUAUUGCACGAGGAUACAGUGAUGACCAUAGGUAAAGCUAGACGAUGUACGGUAUACUGCGCUUGGAAACAGACGAUGUGCCGGGACUGAGCGAAUGUGACCGGCUGAUAAGUGUUUUUCCCACGCCUGUAAUUUUUGGGCCGUUGAGCUUGCGUGCAAACUCGUUCUCCG